GGCUGUAGGUUGUUUUCAUGAACCCACAGAGACAGAAACCUGCGGCAAUGGAGAAAAUGUUAAUACAGACAUCUUACUUCAGUGUCCGGCAAACAAGAUUAUACAUUGAGGACGAUGUAGAUGUCAGCUUCCCUGACGAGGGAAGCUGAAGCUUUCCGAUGAUUCCUGAAGCCUACAUUCUAUUAAUUUCCCCGAAGAGCCCUAUUGCCUAAUGGAACAUUGCGAGAAUGGCCAGUCUGGAAAGCAGGAUCAGUGGAGCUGGCUUCUGGCUCACUGGCUUUCAGCUGAGCCUUCCAAAUGGCUGGGAAUGAACAUCCAGUUAGAAGCCUUGGUUUGGAACAGUGGUUCUCAAACUUCAUGGUGUGUGACAGUCACUGGGGAACUUGUCCAAACACAGAUUGACAGACCCCAUCCCAAAGUUUCUGAUUCAGCAGCCCUAGGGAGGGCCCUAAGAACACAAGCUCCUCUUCCCAAGCUCCCAGGUGACGCUGAGGUUGCUGCCCCGGGAGCCCACUUUGAGAACUGCUGACCUAGGGUGUGCUGGGGCAACUCCGGCCGUCAGAGGGGUCAGGACACUUGGUCUCCUUCUCUUUGGUCUCACUGAGAAUGUGAAUGUGAAUGGCCUUUUGAGGCCAUUUGCACUGAGUCCCCUACAGGGCACAUUGGACGGUGGGGGAGUGUCUGGAAGGGGUCUACACACUGGCUUGCAGCCUCAGUGAUGAUCACCUAGGGCGGGUCCUGCAUGGUCCCCGGAGGAGCCCAGUGAGAAAUCCGGAGGAGACAGACAGAGAGGAGGCUGACAGUUCCUUUUGUAUUACAACGUCAUGAUUACAAAUAAUCGUAAUAGAGUGCCCAUUUUAAAGUGGCCUUUCCCUCCAAGCACACAGGAGACUCCCUCAGAUUCCCUAGGAGAGCAAAGAAAUACUGAAUCUACUCCACAAAAGGUACUUGGUUGGCUGCUUCCCCAGGAACAUCCCUCCAUCCUCACGGGUAUCCAGCCAUGGACCUUGGGGAGCCCUGAACAAACAUGCAUGUGUGCGACGCUUGUAACAAACCUGCAAGGUUACCAAGGGCUUCAACGACAUUUAUUCUCCCAGCAAGCAAGUCAUGAGUGCGUCCUGCCUUACCUAUGCUGGAAAGAAAGUGCACAGAACUGGGACGCACGUGUCUAUCCCGGUCUCUGGUCUCUUGUCCAGCGAUGGCAUCCUCCCGGCUGCGUGAACUCAGCUUGCGGCUGUGAAAGGACAGCCGUGCACCUUGUCACCGAGGGCCACCGCAGUGGGGAGCUGCACCUGACACAUUUACAUUUCACAAAGGUAUCUGCCAUUCCGUGGACAUGGACCAGCAAGAGGCUUGGAUGACGUAGGAUUCUGAUGAUGUAUUCUCCAUUUCAAUUCUAGACUGUGUGCAAACUUCAUUCUUUCUUCUACUUUCUUUAAUUAUGACUAUUACAGGAGAAAGGAAAAAAUCGAAGGCGAAGGAAGCAAAGACAGAAAGGAAGGACAGCUUUGGUGGCCAGAGCGAGGUCUUCCCACGUCACUCCCGGGACGUGCGCUGACGCGUUGCUCCUCGGUCCUGCAGAACGCCGUGGGUCGUGGCAGCAGCUGUAGCUGUUUCUCAGGCUGUCCUCCCUGUAGACUAAGCAUCUACUCCGCGCUAUAGGGCAAUGCGAGACAAAAAAGACCCUUGCCUUCCCGGGAGCUUGCCAUCCAGCUGAGGAAGCCUCAUUAGCCACGCUUGCUGUAGGAUACAGUGCUCACUUUCUCCUCCAUGGAAGUACGUCUGGGCCCACGCACCCCACUCCUUCCAGAGCCUCCACGCGCUGUGUGUCCCCCGUGGCGCUUUGCUUGCCACCGAGCCCUGCGUCUUGAGAACUCUGAACGGUUUGUUGUAGUCAAGACACUCGGAGAUCCUAGAGACGCGAAAAGCAGGAGGGGAACGCGUGACGGCCACUGCGAGGCUGAGGGAGAGUUUAAUUCAAAUUUGGAUUUUUCUCACUCUUAUGCUUUGGGGCAAUACUGUUAAAUGGUAAAUAUAUAGCCAUUGUAUGAACAGCAAUACACAAAGGAGUUAUUUGGAAAUGAAAGCCUUAUUGAAGGCACUGGAAAAAUAAAACAAAUAAAUGCUUCCUUUAGAUUGCUCACUC